AUGGAGCUUCCGGUGCAUUGGCAGAGCGAUCUGCCCAUUGAGCGCCACUCUGCCUCCCGGGCGCUGACGCUCACGGCAGCCUUGGGCCGCCUCGGUAUACCAGCCUGCGCCGAGAGACGGCUGACGAUCCACGUCCUGGGUGCCAGCUUCCGGGAGGAGGGCAGCGACCUGAUCGCUACGUCAGCCGUCUUCGCCCCGCUUUUCUCCGUACUCAAAGACAAAGAGCUCGACAAGGUUCAGAUGCUCCUCGUUGGCCCCACUGCCCUGGGGCCGUCGGACAAGUCAGUGGCUGCUGAUGAUGAGACCCGCUUGCCCACGGGCCUUUUGCUGGAGACCCGACACCGACAAGGUCUCUACCACGAGGUCAGUUUCGAGCCUCGCUGGGAGCCGGACCUCGUCUGCGCCUUCCAGCCCGGCUUCUACGGCUACGGCAGCUGGGAGCCCAGCAUUCGCCGGGUCCUGGAGCUGAAGGCGCCCUUCCUCGCCACGAGUUACAGCCACGAAGAGGCCGAAGAGGAUCAACACACUCUCUUGGAAGAGUUUGGGUGCGACCCCAUGUGCUGGGAGCCACCCGGCUGGCCUCCGGAGGCCAACGCCUUCGCAUCUCCACUGCGGCGCGGGGAGCAGCAGGAGCAGUGUUGCUGGCAAUGCCUCGUGCCACCAAGCUUGCGAAGAGAAGAGGGGACAGCAAAAAGCGGUGGCCAGGGCGAAAACGGUCGCACGUCCUUGGUGACUCCAUGCUCUUGCGCCCAUCCGACCUUCGAAUCCACAUAG